UUAUCGAUCAGAAAGCUUGAGCUUGGAAAAUUCCUUCCUUUCUUCCCCUCCUUCCCGUCUGUAUUUAAAGUUGUUCUAGACUUUCUAUAUACUUACAUACAUAUACACACCUAUAAGAUAUUCCCCCUAGAACUGACCCGAGAAUAUCUCCCUCGAGUUUUCAAUUCCCCCUUCAUUCCCUCCCUCCGAGACAUCCUCUCCUUCCCCGCGGUUAAGAAAUCCCCCACGUUCCUCACUAGUCCUCGGUACAAGCAAGCGCAUUGCAGCUAGGAAUUUCAAACGUCUGAUUGACCAAGCAGAGUAGCCGUCGGAUUUUUGAUCAAAAAGCCUCGUCUGCACCUCUUCGAAAAUGUCUCUCCACCGCAGCAUCACCUCUUCCCUUCUUCGCAGCGCACCUCGAUCCUCAAUCUUCACUCCACGAUUUGGCAGCGCCAUUACACAUUCGCGCACCAUGGCAUCCGCAACAUCUUUCCAAAAAAUUAAGGUCAAGAACCCAAUUGUCGAAUUGGAUGGUGAUGAAAUGACUCGCAUUAUCUGGAAGGAUAUUAAGGAUAAAUUCAUUCAUCCUUAUUUGGAUGUUGAUCUGAAAUACUAUGAUUUAGGAUUGGAGUAUAGAGAUCAAACCAAUGAUCAGGUUACCAUUGAUGCGGCAGAAGCUAUUAAGAAGUACUCUGUUGGUGUUAAGUGUGCUACUAUCACUCCGGAUGAAGCUAGAGUUAAGGAAUUCAAUUUGAAGCAGAUGUGGCUUUCACCAAACGGUACGAUCCGUAAUCAUCUAGGAGGAACCGUCUUCCGCGAACCUAUCGUUAUUCCACGUAUUCCCCGUCUCGUGCCUGGCUGGAAAAAGCCAAUCAUCAUCGGUCGUCAUGCAUUUGGAGAUCAAUACCGGGCCAAAGAUAUGGUUGUUCCAGGUCCAGGUACUCUUACCAUGACUUUCACCCCCAAGGAUGGCAAGCCAACCGAAACAGUCGUUUAUGAUUUCAAAUCAGGAGGAGGAGUUGCGCAAACCCAAUACAAUACCGAUGAAUCCAUCAGCGGAUUUGCUCAUGCCAGUUUCAAGAUGGCUCUUAACAAGGGAUUACCUUUGUAUAUGAGCACCAAGAACACAAUUUUGAAAAAGUAUGAUGGUAGAUUCAAGGAUAUCUUUGAGGAGAUUUUCCAAAAGGAAUAUAAGACUCAAUUUGAGGAGAAGAACAUCUGGUAUGAACAUCGAUUGAUCGAUGAUAUGGUUGCGCAAAUGAUGAAGAGUUCAGGUGGUUAUGUUAUGGCUUUGAAGAACUAUGACGGAGAUGUUCAAUCCGACAUUGUUGCCCAAGGAUUUGGUUCCCUCGGUCUCAUGACCUCAGUUCUCAUCACCCCUGAUGGAAAGACCUUCGAAUCCGAAGCCGCACACGGAACAGUCACUCGUCAUUACCGCGAACAUCAAAAGGGUAACCCUACAUCCACAAACCCUAUCGCAUCAAUCUUUGCCUGGACAAGAGGUUUGAUUCAAAGAGGUAACUUGGAUAAUACCCCAGAAGUUGUGGCUUUUGCAGAGAGUUUGGAACAAGCUUGUGUGGAUGUUGUUGACAAGGAGGGCAUUAUGACCAAAGAUCUGGCAUUGGCUUGUGGAAACACCGGAAAGGGAGAUUAUGUUACCACUGGAGAGUAUUUGGAGGCUGUGGAGAGAAGGAUGAAGGGGCUCUUGAAGGAGAAGUUGUAAAGUGCGAUUUUAUGAGUUAAGAUUUACAUCACGGGAUUAAUAGAUAGUUGUUGGUGGAUGAUGAUUUAGUGCGUCUGGAGGAGGUGGAUAGACCACAUAUCGAUCUAGAUGGUUGGUGCGUAGGUGCAUGCGCGAGUUGGUGCAAAUAAGUCUGUUUGUUUUCGUUCCAAUGCAUUUUCUGGAGCGGAGAACCCUGUCUACGGACAGCAUAGUUUAUUAUAUUAGUAAGCAUAGUUUAGGAAGUAUAUGAUAUCAUGAGUAGGCGAAAUGUUGGUCUACUUAGCUUUUGGUGUGCAUAUGUGUAGCUUUUUG